AUGAGUCACCGUAAGUACGAAGCCCCCCGCCAUGGCUCGCUCGGUUUCCUCCCCCGUAAACGUGCCGCACGCCACCGCGGUAAGGUCAAGUCCUUCCCUAAGGAUGACCCCAAGAAGCCCGUUCACUUGACCGCCAUGAUGGGUUACAAGGCUGGUAUGACCCAUGUUGUCCGUGACCUCGACCGUCCUGGUUCUAAGAUGCACAAACGUGAGGUCGUAGAGGCAGUUACAAUCAUAGAAACUCCUCCUAUGAUCGUUGUUGGUGUCGUUGGCUAUGUCGAGACUCCCCGUGGCCUCCGCACUCUCACCACUGUCUGGGCAUCCCAUCUAUCAGACGAAGUCAAACGUCGCUUCUACAAGAACUGGUACCGGUCGAAGAAGAAGGCUUUCACUCGCUAUGCUAAGAAGCACGCAGAGGACGGCAAGAUCACCGCUCGUGAGCUCGAGCGUAUCCGCAAAUACUGCACUGUUGUCCGUGUCCUCGCCCACACCCAGAUUCGCAAGACCGGUCUCAGCCAGAAGAAGGCACACCUCAUGGAGAUCCAGGUUAACGGUGGCUCUAUCGCAGACAAGGUCGAGUUCGCACAAGGCCUGUUUGAGAAGCCUGUGGAGGUGUCUAGUCUCUUCGAGCAGGAUGAAGUGAUUGAUGUUAUUGCUGUCACGAAGGGUCAUGGUUUCGAGGGUGUUACUCACCGUUGGGGUACCAAGAAGCUUCCUCGCAAGACUCACAAGGGUCUCCGCAAGGUCGCUUGUAUUGGUGCAUGGCAUCCUUCGAAAGUCAUGUUCUCUGUCGCACGUGCUGGUCAAAACGGCUACCACCACCGUACGGAGCUCAACAAGAAGAUUUACCGUAUCGGUUCUGGCGAUAAUGAGGGUAACGCUUCAACGGAGUCUGACAUCACGAACAAGACGAUCACGCCUAUGGGUGGUUUCCCCCACUACGGUAUUGUGAAGAACGACUUCUUGAUGCUCAAGGGCUCGGUCCCUGGUACCAAGAAGCGUGUCAUCACCCUCCGCAAGUCACUCAUGGUCCACACCUCGCGUCGGGACCUCGAGAAGGUGCAGCUCAAGUUCAUCGAUACAUCAUCGAAGUUCGGCCAUGGAGCGUUCCAAACCUUCGAGGAAAAGGCCGCGUUCCUGGGAACGCUCAAGGCCAGGGAUUGA